AUGGCGAUCUAUGGCGGAAGUCUUGCUGAUCUGUUUGAACGAGAGGAACGUGCUUCAGUUUGGCCAUUCUUCGCUCUGUCUCCUCUGUUAGGACCUACGCUCGCUCCGAUAGCAAGUGGUUGGAUUGCUGAAUACUUCGGCUGGAGAUGGGUCGAGUGGAGUACUCUGAUCAUUUCCAGUGCGAUCUUCGUCCUGGCCAUAUUGUUCCUGCCUGAGACACUUGGCCCUACCAUUUUAUCGUGGAAAGCUCGACUGCUUCGUGAAGAGACAGGAAACGACAAGUACAAAACAGAACGCGAUGAACAAGGAGGCCCAUUCGAUCUCCUCCGAAGUCGUCUGCUGCGCAUUACUUCUUUUAUUCUCACCGAGCCAACCACUGUCCUCUUCGAGCUAUACCUGACACUCUUAUACGUACUGGUCUAUGGGUUUCUGGAGGGCUUCCAGUAUAUAUUCACUGAUACGUAUGACUUCAGCACUGGUGAAAGGUACAGCUCCUUCGCAGCCAUAGCCAUUGGUAUCCUGGUCGCCAUCCCCUAUAUCCUUCUGAUCUACCAUUUCGCCUCGGUGAGGUCAAAGCGAAACUCAACAACGAUAUCACCCGAAGGGCGCCUGCUUCCAUCCCUGUUCACGUCACCUCUAUUGCCAAUCGCGCUGUUCUGGAUGGGGUUCACGAACCGAUUGGAUAUCUCAUACUGGUCGAACUUGUCCGCUUGCUUUGUUCUCGGCUUUGCAUUAAUGGCUCUGUUUACUUCGGCAUAUCAUUACCUCCUCGAUGCGUACGGUACGAACUCAUCUAGUGCUCUAGGUGCUGUGACUUUCGUGCGCUAUGCGGUCAGUGGCGGCGUGGUCAUCGCUACUAAUCCAUUGUACGAAGCACUUACGGUGAGGUGGAUGUUGACCCUGUUGGGCGGCAUUGCAGUGCUCUUGGCGCCUGUCCCUUGGGCAUUUUGGCGAUAUGGCUCUAAGAUUAGAGAGAAGAGCAAAUGGGCUGAGAGUUGA